AUGGAAGCCCCUUUCCGACGCCGUGGCCGUAAGGAGGAAGAAGAAGUUGAUGAGUUCGACAGACAACGAGAUCGCAAACAACGACGCCGCGAAGAGCGACAGGCACGCAAACGCCAACGCAUCGAGGCUCAUGAAAAAUGGGUCGAACAGCGGCGAAAUAUGAAAGAAAACGCACAAAUGGAGCGGCGUUCCAAACAACAGAGAACAGACAGCACGCAACGUAAACAAACUAGGAAGACUAAUACUAAUACUAAUAGCACGAUCUCAUCAUCAUCAUCAUCAUCAUCAUCAUCAUCUAGGAUUACGCCACCAAUGAAGAAGGAAAGUAAAGGAAGUGUAACGGUGGGAAAUGAAGUAAAAAAGGAGAAGAAACAACAACAACAGCAGCAGCAGAAGAAUAAUAAGAAGAAUAAUAAGAAAGAAGGAGAAGAGUUAAAUACAGUGGUGCCGGAGACAACUAGUGUAGAAGUUCCUUCUACAAAGUAUAUUCCCCCAUCGUUACGACGAAAGAUACAACCGGAAACCAAUACCGCCCUAGAUGAGAUUACACGACGUGUUAUUAAUAAACUAACUGUACGUAAUGUAGCCGAUAUGACAAGAGAAAUCUCUGAUCUCUUUUCUGGAAGUGUGGAAGGAGCUACACGGGCAUCUGUAUUACAUAGUCUUGCUCAGCAUAUUAACCGUAUGUGUAUGUUAGACGCCGGACUUCUUACGCCUAUUGGAAGUCUUCCAUUCGCAGGAUUAAUUCGAGGUUUACAAUUACUACAUGGUAAUGUGGUAGGUGCAGAAUUAAUAGAAAGUCUUUGUCUCGCUUUACAAGGACAUCUUAAAAAAAAUAAUGAAACUGGAGUUUCCAAUGGGGCUAUGGUGCUCGCUCAUCUUUAUAUCUUAAAUGCCGUUGAUUCGGUGUUAAUCUCUAGUUUCUUACGUAGUGUGUUGAAGAUUGGAGGAGAUGGGGCGGUGUGUGCAGUGGCCUGUGGAUUAACUCUACUCCGUGCCUGCGGUGAGAAGUUGUUAAAAGAGGCACCCGCACAAAUGGAAAUGGCAUUAACAGAGGCAAAGAAGUAUGGACGAAAACAACCACAAGGCACUAAUCGAUAUACCGCACUGCUUAGUUAUAUUGCUGAAAUUGUAACCGGUCAUACACGAAGUGCGAAGCGUACAGUAGAUGAAGAAGAUUUACCCAUAGAUACACUUCUUAAUGAUAUGUCUACACUUUUACCAGGCGGUAGUAGUGGUGGUGGGAGUAAUUCUAUGAAUAAUAAACGUGUGGCUUUGCGAGUGAUGAGUACAACGAGUGUGUUAACGGGAAUGACAUGGACACGAAUGCUGCAUACAGAUAAACCCCCUCGAUGGUUUACACCAAAUGCAUGGAGUCAAUAUGAAGAUGAAGAGAAGGAAAACAAUAAGGGAAAAAAUAACAAGGAAUCUUCUUCUUUUUCUUCUUCUGAGGUAUCAUCAUCAUCAUCAUCAUCUAAUAGUGAUAAGGAUGAAGAUAGUGAUACGGAGGAGGAUGAGGCAGAAUUAAAGGCAGAGCGUAUUCGUCAAAUGCGGCAGAAGGAGAAGGCGAUAUCCGGCCAAAGGUUCAACACAGAGAAUAAACGUGAGGUGUUUGAGUGUAUUGCGAAUGCCUCUGAUGAUCUUGAGGCUUUUACAUUACUCAUACAUCGUGAUACUUCUUUUAGUCGUCUACACGAUACAUUGUCUGUUCUUCUUCAGUGUUGUUAUCAAGAGAAGACUUACAAUCCAUAUUAUACACAAAUUAUUCAACGUUUCUGCAGUGCAAAGACAUCCUGUAAGAAUACACUUCAGUUUGCACUUUGGGAUAUGUUUAAAGUUAUUAGAGUAGAGGCGGUGGAUGUGACUGGAUAUUUAAAUCUUUCAUGUUUGUUGACUUCUCUUAUUGAAAUGGAUAUUUUUACACUCAGUGUUCUCCGUGGAUUAGACUUGGAAUCUACGAAUCGAACAAUGGGACUUUUUACCCGUAUUCUUCUUCUUCGAAUGAUUUUACAAUUACCGCCUGUAAAACUAACGGAAGUGUUUUUUGGCGGUGAUGGAUUUCGUGCCCACGAUGUAAAGAUAGAUACAAGAAUAUUACGAUCAAAUUUGGCGAAACUUGUGGAACGUUACUUUGUGGAUGAGAGGGAAUCCGCGAAAUGGAUUCCACAUUUCUAUGAUGUUGUGGCUGUUGGGACUAGCUUUGAUGUACUUCUUAAGAAGAAGAACAAGAAUAAUAAUAAUAACAACAAUGAUGGGAUUAUAGAUAAUCACAGAGAAGAAUCUAUGGAAGAUGAAGAGGCACAAUUGCAGGCGUUUAUGAAGAGAAUUCGUGUGGUAUUUAAGGCACUGAAGAGUGGCAUCUCGUAA